CAAAAACGCUCUGCUAAGCUUACUUAGUUAGUUAUUCCUUCUCGACUUCACCUGCCACACACUAUCGAAAGCACACCCUAUGACCACUGCUUGCACCAGCAGUUUUCCUGACGCAGCAAUUUCUUAAACCAACAUAAAACACAAAUCUCGCAAUAAAGACGAGAAAUUACAAAAAGUCCUCAAAAGACAGCGAGAAUCCCUCGCUUUAGGUAACAUCAUGUCACAGGACGGAUACCACUACUGGAACGCCACCCCGGCUGCCACCCAUCCCGCCCACCAGCAGAAUGAAGGGCGCUCCAGACUCCUCAGCUCCGUCUUGCCAGAGGUCUCUUCCGACACAGCUGCUGCCUUCGGCGACCACGAGGCCUCCGACGCUUUCCAUCUCAAUGUCGCUGCUCAUGACGCUUUCCUACUCACUCGCCACCCGGACGAUGGCGAUUUCCUGAGAUCUGGUGUGGGCAGUCCUAAUGAAGUACAGCCUCCCCUCACUGAACUUAAAAGGCUGAGUUUGGAUGACAUCCAAGACCCACUCCAAUUACAGGGUGAACCACUCGACCUGAAUCUUUACCUCCAUGACUAUCAAGAGCCACCAUUAAUGGAUGGAGCAUUAGGCUUUACACCAGAUCCAUACACAAGUCAAAUGGCUCAUCAUGCAAAGACUUUUUCUGAAAACAUUGAUGAUGCUGCCGGCAGAGAUCCCUAUCAUUCACCUCAAUGGGACCAACCAAUGGCAGGACCAUCUUCAUCAUUCCACCCAAUUCCACCAAUGUUGCCUAACCUAUAUCCAAUGACUCAGUCUCCUAGUUACCCACGAGAUCCUGCACUCUACAGUCACCAACACCCACACCCACACCCGGCCUCUGAGUCCCAAGACAUCCCAACCUGCAAUAGGAGCUCGAGAAAAGGCUACAGGCAUCGCCAUGAGAGGGUUUACGGACUUCCUGAGGAAGAACAGAAGAAAAGGAGCCAAAUCCUCAACAAUGAAGCCUCUCAGUUGUACCGUCAAAGAAAAACUACGAAGGUCCAAGACAUCGAGACUCAGAUGAAACAGGAAGAAGAAAGAAAUCUGAAACUGAGGAUGAUUUACAAACAACUUCAGACACAGAAGCAAAGACUUUCUCUGGACCAACUGCCAAACCCAAAUUAAGGAUCAUUUCCUCAAUCACACGAUAAGGUUAAACGCUACCCUGACAACUCCUUCCAUAAUUGUAAAAAAACUCUAUUUAAUUAAUUUAUUUACUUAUUUAUUUGUUAUAUUUAUAGAAAUAUUCUGUUUACCAGUU